GCCGACCGAGAGGCGAGAGGUCUCCGGGCGAGGCCGAGGCGGAGGGAGACGGCGCCAUGAGCGAGGAGCAGGACCUGUCCGAGGUGGAGCUGAGCCCGGUGGGCUCCGAGGACCCCCGCUGCCUGUCCCCCGGGGGGCCCUCGCUGGGGCCGGACGGCGCGGCCCUGCACGCCAGCCCCGCGCCCGGGGAGCUGGGCAAGGUGAAGAAGGAGCAGCAGGACCCCGAGGUGGACGACGACAAGUUCCCCGUGUGCAUCCGCGAGGCCGUCAGCCAGGUGCUCAGCGGCUACGACUGGACGCUGGUGCCCAUGCCCGUGCGGGUCAACGGCAGCAGCAAGAGCAAGCCCCACGUGAAGCGGCCCAUGAACGCCUUCAUGGUGUGGGCGCAGGCCGCCCGCCGCAAGCUGGCCGACCAGUACCCGCACCUGCACAACGCCGAGCUCAGCAAGACCCUGGGGAAGCUGUGGAGGCUGCUGAACGAGAGCGACAAGAGGCCCUUCAUCGAGGAGGCCGAGCGCCUGCGGAUGCAGCACAAGAAGGACCACCCGGACUACAAAUACCAGCCCCGGCGCAGGAAGAACGGGAAGGCGGCCUCGGGGGAGGGGGAGGCCCCGGGCGAGGGGGAGCCCGGCGGGGCGGCCGCCAUCCAGGCGCACUACAAGAACUCCCACCUGGACCACAGGCACCCGGGCGAGGGCUCCCCCAUGUCCGACGGGAACCCGGAGCACUCCUCAGGCCAGAGCCAUGGCCCCCCCACCCCUCCCACCACCCCAAAGACAGAACUGCAAUCAAGCAAGGCAGAGUCAAAGCGGGACGGGCGCUCACUGGGGGAGAGCGGGAAGCCCCACAUCGACUUCGGAACCAUGGACAUUGGUGAGAUCAGCCACGAGGUGAUGUCCAACAUGGAGACCUUCGACGUGGCCGAGUUUGACCAGUACCUGCCCCCCAACGGACACGCCGGCCACCCCGGUCACGUGGGGGGCUACGCCGCGGCCGGCUAUGGGCUGGGCAGCGCCCUGGCCGUGGCCAGCGGACACUCAGCCUGGAUCUCCAAGCCACCCGGCGUGGCCCUGCCGGCUGCCUCGCCGCCCGGAGUGGAUGCCAAGGCCCAGGUGAAAACGGAGGCCUCGGGCCCUCCCGGGCCCCCCCACUAUGCUGAGCAGCCAUCCACCUCCCAGAUCGCUUACACCUCCCUCAGCCUGCCCCACUAUGGCUCCGCUUUCCCAUCCAUCUCUCGCCCGCAGUUCGACUACUCCGAUCACCAGCCCUCGGGACCCUACUAUGGCCACUCGGGCCAGGCCUCCGGCCUCUACUCGGCCUUCUCCUACAUGGGGCCCUCUCAGCGGCCCCUCUACACGGCCAUCUCCGACCCCAGCCCCUCGGGGCCACAGUCCCACAGCCCCACACACUGGGAGCAGCCUGUGUACACGACGCUCUCCAGACCCUAGAGGGGGGCCCUUCCGGAGGCUGCGCCCCCCCUCCUCAGCCCUCUCCCCUCUCUGCCACAGGAUUGGUGGGGGCUAUGGAGGCCAAGGACUGCCAAGUCUCCUUUCUUCUACAGGAGGCUCUCCCCAGCCCUCCGCCCCCACUCGCCUCCCAUGGGCGAGAGGAGACCUUGUCCACUCAGGACCUCAGUGGGGUGCUCUUCUCCUGCUCGGUUAUGAUUCCCUUGAAGGCAGCCCUUCCUUUGGGCCUCCCUACAGACUUUGCUUAUCUCCGUCAGGGAGGGAAGACUCCUGUCCUGGAUCCUGUGCAGCCCUGGGGUGCCAGCCCAGUCCUCAGGGCUGGCCAGAGCCUCAAGAAAGGACUCCCUGACUGGCAUGGCAGUGGGGGAGGCAGAGACCCUCUGAGGACCAUGUGGGGCAGCUGUGUAUGCAAGGGGAAGAAGGGAAGGUUUGUGGGGCCUCCCCCCACCACCACCAAGCUGAGGAUCCGCGGAGGAGGCAGUGGAGAGGGCCCUCCGGGGACAGACUCAGUACCGACGCCCUUGCUGCCCGCUCGGCAAGGAUCAGAGACUCCAUCCUCCUCCCUCCUGUUUUCUUUGCUAAAUGAAGGGGGGGCUUCACCCCCGGCAGUGACGGGGAAGGGAGGUGGAGAGAGGAUUUAGAAACAGCUAAUGGGGGGAGGUGUUGCCACGUCCCAUGUCCCCCCUUGUCCCUACAAUAAUCCCCGCUUCCCUGACCGUGUCCCAGGUCCCUGGACUCCAAGGCUGGAGAGGUCAAUCUGCCCCCAGAGUUUGGGCUCCCGGUCCCAGUGGGAGGCAAAGACCCCAUUGUCUGGGAGCAAGGGCCUCUCUGAAGACACCAAAAUAUCACUAUGUACAUUGUCCUCCCCCCGGUCAUUGGCCCUAUCCACCCAGCCCCCAGCCCCCAGCCCAACCCCUGGUGUUUAAAUAAAAUAUGUAGCUGCGUCUGCCCCGUUCCCCAACCCCGCAGUCCACAUAUAACGCAUUAUUGCCCCUUUCCCCCUAUUUAUCUCAGUAGCCCCUUGCCCAGACUCCCUAUUAACUCUGCAUUAAGCAAUCCAGAAUAAUAAAAUUAAAGGUUUCAGUUACUGGC